GUACACAGUUUCCCUUCCCCAGUGUCCUAAGCGAGGCCCCUCCGACGGGACUGGUUCCCGCUUAGGAGGGGGCCCGCCGGGCUCUGCAGCGGGCACUCAUGAACAUCAAGGCCCCAACAAAGCUGGCCGUGGGCAGAGUGAGGUUCUUCGGUCAACACCGCGGGGAGGUCAACUGCUCUGCCUUCUCCCCUGAUGGCCAGACCCUGCUCACAGCCUCAGAUGAUGGUUGUGUAUAUGUAUGGGAGACGAAGAGCAGGCGCCUGCUGCGGAGAAUGGCAGCCCACAGAGGUGGGACUCAGCCACCUGGAGCCUGUCUCGGCCCAGUGAAGUUCUGUCGCUUCUCCCCUGAUGGCCGCCUCAUUGCCAGCUCCUCCAGUGACCGCACUAUUCGCCUUUGGGAUGUGGCAAGAUUCAAGUGUCUACAUGUGCUGAAAGGUCACCAGCGGAGCGUGGAGACAGUCAGUUUUAGCCCUGACUCAAAGCAGCUGGCAUCAGGUGGCUGGGACAGGAGGGUCAUUCUCUGGGAGGUGCAGUCUGGCCACAAUGUGCGCCUCUUGGUUGGGCAUCGUGAUUCCGUCCAGAGCAGUGACUUCUCCCCCAAUGCAGACUCUCUGGCCACUGGUUCCUGGGACUCGACUGUGCACAUCUGGGACCUGCGGGGGGCGACCCCAGCUGCCUCCUAUCAAGAGUUGGAGGGCCACACUGGCAACAUCAGCUGCUUGUGCUACUCAGCGUCUGGGCUCUUGGCAUCUGGCUCCUGGGACAAGACCAUCCGCAUCUGGAAGCCCACCACCAGCAGCCUGCUUUUCCAGCUCAAGGGCCAUGCCACGUGGGUGAAGAGCCUAGCCUUUUCUCCUGAUGAGCUGAGGCUGGCCAGUGCUGGUUACUCACGCACAGUCAAAGUCUGGGACUGCAACACAGGAGAAUGCCUAGAGACCCUAAAGGUAAGGUGGUCCUACAGUGCUGGCCAGGACCAGUGCAGAGGCCCUGCAGAGGCCCAGGCCUGGCAGGACCCACCAACCCUGGCGCUGUGCUACUGACAGGGCCUGCUGGAUGUGGCCCACGCCUGUGUUUUCACUCCCGACGGCAAGCUUUUGGUGUCAGGGGCUGCUGAUGUGACAAGAUGACACCUCUACCACUCCAUGUAACUUACCACAGGCAUAAAGUAAGAUAUGGCUGCAUGCAGGGACUGCCCUAUCCUGUAACCAGGGCUCACCCACUGUAGGUAAGUGGUCACCUGGGCCACCUCACCCCACUGGCCCCAGGUGGCCAGGGCGAAACAAGAAGCAGAAAGUCA